AUGUUCGAUGAGGCCGUCCUGGCCGCUCGCUCCGGCGGCAGCCCCCUGGGCUCACCCAGCUCGCGCCCGCCAGCGUUCAAGGCCGUGGGCAUCACCCUCGCCGUCUGCUCCGGCCUCUUCAUCGGCAUCUCCUUCGUGCUGAAGAAGGUCGGCCUGCUCAAGGCGAACGUCAAGUACAAUGAGGAGGCCGGCGAGGGCUACGGAUACCUCAAGAACUUCUACUGGUGGGCGGGCAUGACGCUGAUGAUCCUCGGAGAACUCUGCAACUUCGUCGCCUACGCCUUCGUCGAUGCCAUCCUCGUCACUCCCCUGGGCGCCCUGUCCGUCGUCGUGACUACUAUCCUGUCUGCAAUCUUCCUCAAGGAGCGGCUCAGUUUCGUGGGCAAAGUUGGCUGCGUCAAUUGCAUUAUCGGCUCGGUUAUCAUCGCCAUGAACGCUCCUACGCAGUCGUCCGUGGCCAACAUUCAGGACAUGCGGCACUACGUUAUCACACCUGGCUUUCUCUCCUUUGCCGGCGUCAUCAUAGUCGUCUCUGCCUUUCUGGCCAUCUGGGCAGGUCCCCGGUACGGCAAGAAGAGCAUGUUCGUCUAUCUGACCAUCUGCAGUUUGACGGGCGGCCUCAGCGUCGUUGCUACUCAGGGGCUCGGAGCAGCCAUCAUUGCUCAGAUCAUGGGCACCCCCCAGUUCAAGGAGUGGUUUCUCUGGGUCCUCCUAGUCUUCAUUGUUGCGACACUGCUCACUGAGAUCAUCUAUCUAAACAAAGCACUUAAUCUCUUCAAUGCGGCCAUGGUUACCCCUACAUACUACGUCAUCUUCACCAGUGCCUGUAUCGUCACAUCGGCCGUCCUGUUCCAGGGUUUCAAGGGUACCGUUAUCAGCAUCACCACAGUCGUCAUGGGCUUCCUCCAGAUCUGUACUGGCGUCGUCCUCCUCCAGCUGUCCAAAUCAGCCAAGGAUGUCCCCGAUGCCGCCGUAUUCAAGGGUGAUCUCGACCAGGUCCGUGAGGUUGCCGAGCAGGAAGAAGGAGAGCUGGAACCCAAAGCCGAUGCCAUCAGAGGAACCGCUGCCAUCAUCCGCCGUAUCUCGACCCCCCGUCAGAAGAUGGAACAAGAGGAAAUCAGACGCUUCCAUAUGGACCAGAGACUUGAUGAGCUCGAGCCCGUUGGUGAAAACGAAAUCAUCGAGUGGGACGGCCUGCGCAGACGACGGACUACUUUGGUCAACGGUGUACCUGCUACCAGUCCCCGCCGUAGGGUCCAGCAUCCUCCACUGGGCAUGUCUCGUUUCCCAGACUACUCUGAACCCGAAGUCAGGACUCCUCGAGAAGGUCUCGACGGCUCUCUCAUUGGCAGCAUUCGCAAGCGUGCUUCGACUGCUUUACACCCCUACUGGCGGCCUAGUGGAACCAUAUCUCCCCAGCCGAUGGAAAAGGACGGCCGUCUCGACUCUCCCAAGUCGAUGCCUGAGCGGCCCUCUGAAUCUGACCCUUUCACUCGUCAUGAGCUGCUCCAGGCGUUCCAGUACAACAAGGCCAUCCGUCGUCCACGCAGUGAGACUAUUGACUCUGUGAUCAACGAAAAGUCAAGAAGGGAAGAGAAAGCACCUCUCUUUGACGGCAGCAACGACAGCUCCAACGCCAACGGUAACGGCGAUUCCAAGGAAAAAGCAGAGUCUACCAGUCCUCCUCCAACGCCUCCUGCACAUAGAGCCCAUCGACAGUUCUCCUUCAACGUCUUCCGACGCAACUCUUCGUCCGCUCCGCCGGCAGAGCGCCUGACAACCCCUACAAAGACACCACACUUACAUCUUCCUCACUUUAUAUCCCACCACGCCCACUCCAGCAGUAGCUCCAAGCCUACCACUACAGAGGAAGAAGCCCUCGGCCUCUCCUCGGGGGAUAAGGGCAAGACCCGGUCCCCUUCACCACAGGCCAAAGCUCCUUCUCGUCCAGAAAAGAUCACCCGACACUCUCACGGAAACUCCUCAGAGUCCCUCCGCCAUGUCCUUUCCGCCUCGUCUUCUUCGGCUGGUGAAUCUUCCAGUACUCCUUCGCCAUCUCAAUCCCAGUCUCAGUCCGCCCAGCACACCGAAGAACUCACCCGUCCAUUAACUGGAACAUCCGAGCAAGACCAUCGAGACAUUGGUCCAUCAGAUUCAACAUGUUCAUUCCCCAAGUUUGAUCCUUCAACAUUCCCGCAUUCAGCAAUGACUUCAUCCCCCGAGGAAGCUAGGAGAGGCCGUAAGGAACGAAGAGGGAACGUUAGACAAAGCUAUGACAGUUCCCGUGGCGAUUCCAAAGAUGCCAAAAAGGACGACAAAAAUCCGAGCAAGAAAUGA